AAGAGAAAUAGUAGACAAAAUGAUGAAAAUAAAGAAUUAAAGAUACUGAACGUUUUCUAGUGAAAAUUAUGCACAGCUGUCUUUUUUUGUUAUAAUAUAAAUGAAAUAAGAACGAAAUAGCACUGGAUGAAAAUUAAGUCCGACCUUUCCUCUCGAGCAGCGAUGCGGCUGAUAAAGGAAUUUUUAAUAAUCUUCUACUUAGAAUCGCAAUACUGUUCGAGGGGAAAGGUGUAAGGUGUUGAUGAUUAAAGGCGGGAGAUUUGGUGAUAAGUAAGCCAAGGGGAAGAGUACUCGAGUGCACUCGUGAGGAAAGGCACCUUGCGACCGGUGAACAUAAGUCCUUUGAUAGUUUAAUUGACGCUACUGUUAGCCAUUUAAACUCGUCAAACGUACAAUUUAUGCGACUUGCCAUUUUUCUUAUUUCAAUAUUAAUUUUAAUACCAAAGAAUGAUUUUGCGUUUCUCCUACUUCAUAUUUGCGUUACACGUAUUGAUAAGAAAGGUGAAGUUUAAUGAAGUUUAAUAACAUGUAUAAUUCUUUUAUUUAUUAAAAUAGAAGAAGCAUUAUUUUAGCAUUAAAAUAGAAAUUUAGUAUAUUAAUAGUAUAAUACAUACAUCUAUUAUAGUUUGCUUGAUUUUUCACAUACUACUUUCACAUUACUACUUUCAACGUUUAAGAUAUUAAACUAUUUAAUUAUAGAAUUUUGUUAACAAAUAUAUCUUGUACAAAUAUCUUGUAUAUAUGUAUAUAUAAAAGAUACAUCUUUCUGAUUUUUGGUAAACUUAAUCAUAGACACGAUUGAUACCGACGUUAUACAAUCGUUAACUUUUCGUCAACUUGUAUUUAAUUUCGCAUCCAAUUAGAGACUGCAUCGAGGGAUGGAGUGUGUGACGAGCGUAUGAUAGAUCGAUCGCCCGUCGCUGUUUUCGAUUUCGACAUUUCACCGCCCUCGAAAACGAAUCGCUUCCGAGAACCAUAUGGCAUCCCAUCAAAUUUUCCACUUUAUACAUUAAACAUCUAAAAUAUUUAAAAUUAUUCUGCAUAUAUAAUUUGCAUCAUUUUCUAUCAUUGAAAUAUCUCAUAUGCAUUACUUUGUUUCCUUACAUUUCAGAGAUAUAAUAAUAUAAUUUGUUUUUUAAGGAUUUUGAAUUGAAGAAUAAGCAUUUGAAGUUUAAAAGUACAUGAAAAAUGAUAAUACAUGCCAUAUUAAAUAAUUUUACAUGUUGUGAUGUAGUCUUUACAUACAGUGAUAUUGAUCAAGAGCCUUUAGAAGUCUUCUUUCGAAUAAAAAUUGCAAAAAAACUUCCUAUUUGAAAACGUGUCUCUUUGAUGUUUGAUAAUAAAAACAUUGAUGUCUUUUAUUCCCUUACUUUCGUAUCUCACACUAAUUCACAAUAAAGUAGAAAACAGUUUCCAUGCGCGACAUAAAAGGUAAGAUAUCAAAUAAAGAAAGAUGAAAAUUGAUACCUUCAAUCUCAAAUGGUAAGAAAUAAGGUGGAAAAGACGUUACGGAAGUUUGCAUGUUCAAUUUUGCAUAGAUGAUAGUACUUUGCGCGACUAUCAUACAUGCAUCGACUAUGACAUAAUUGAAAUGAUUACUUCAAGAGUUGACGUAUACAAAGAAUGGUUAAUGUUGCAAGGUAUUGCAUGUGAUUGAUAGGAGUCGUGUUUCCAAUGUUCCGUUAAACCACACAAAAUGGACUUCUUUGACAGUCGCAACUACAGAAUCAAUAAAAUACUGCUGUCGAUAAUUGGCCAAUGGCCCUUUCAAUCGCCCAGAACGAGCCACACUAUAGUCAUCAUCUUCGUGCUCAUAGUUUGCUCGCAACUUUUCGUCAAGCUAUGCGGUAUGUUUUCCUACAUUUAUGACCUGGAUACCGUGAUCGAAUGUCUCAUUCCGAUACUGAUUGAUAUAUCCGGAUUAACGAAAAUAAUGAAUUCCAUAUUGUAUGCGAAUGAGAUAAGAGGACUGUUUGAUCAAAUACGAGACGACUUUCUGUCGUUAAGAAAUUCCAGUGAUAUCGAGAUUCUUCGAAAAUACGCAGACAAUGGCAGAAGACUUUCAACCAUUUACGUCUGCUUGUUGUACAUGGUAAUCGUAAUAUUCCUGUUGCUGCCUCUUAAACCAUUAAUCUUUCACGGUGCUAAUACCACCACUCGACCACUAUUAUUACACAAAGUCAAAUAUUAUUACAUCGACAUAGACAAAUAUUAUUUUCUAAUUUGGAUUCACGGAUAUUUGGCCUCCUUAAUUUGCGGCACCUGGAUCAUCGCGGCUGACGCGACAUUCAUGAUAUUUGUGCAACAUGCCUGCGGAUUGUUUAUUGUUACGACUGUGCGGAUAGAACGGGUGAUCCAACAGAAGGGAUGUUUGACCAGGGAUGCUAAUUCCUCUAUCACGGAAGACAAGGAGUAUCAAAAUAUGAUGCGAUGUAUUUGUGAUCAUAAGGCGGCGGUAAGGUUUACCGAUCUCCUAGAAGUCGCGUACUCCAAACACUUUCUGUUUCACGUUGGAAUGGUUAUGAUGACCAUUAGCGUUACGGGCGUUGGGGCUAUAGCACAAUUGCAGGAUAAAUCUGAGCUUCUUAGACUAACAGUACUCUCAUGGGCAUUAUUAUUUCAUCUAUGUUGUGAAUGUUUAAAUGCUCAAAGAAUAAUUGAUUACAGUGAAUAUGUUUAUAAUAAUCUAAUAAAUUUAAACUGGUAUGAUACAUCACUUAGAACAAAGAAACUUAUUCUCUUUAUGAUGAUGAAAAUUCAAGCGCCCUGUAUAUUAACAGCUGGUGGUAUGUUUGUUUUAUCUAUGGAAACUUACGCUACGGUAAGACAAUUUUCUCCGAGUUUGUAUUUUCAUCCACAAAAUAACGCUAAACAAUUUAUGAUUACAAAUUCGUGUCAACGCAUAAAGUUGUUUGAUUUGAUAGGACAGUUUUCUAUCUCUCGAUUUAAAAAAAAACCGUACGCGGUACAAUUUUUCUCAAUUACGCGCCCACCAAACGGAAUAUCUAAUGAGGCCCGCGAGUACCAUCCCGCGUGUGCGCUUUCUGCUUGGUUGCAAGCACAGUGCUAUACCUGCUGCGAGAUAGUCAAGAUGGACAGCGUUCAGGCUCAAUAUAUGCGUAUUAAUCAGUUUCUAAUGUGCCUCAUCGGUGAAUGGCCGUAUCAGGAUAAUUGGGAGAAAAUUCUGAUCCAAAUCAUCUUCGUGCCUGCAGUAUUCUCUCAGGCGGUUUUACAGGGCGGCGGCAUGAUCACCGCGUGGUUUGCAGGUGACAUUGACGCUUUUAUGGAGAGUUCGUCACCUUUUGUGAUUAGUUUAAUGUGCAUCUGCAAACAUAUUAAUUACACGUACAAUCAUGGACAGAUGAGGCAACUUACCGUUACAAUGGCAGACGAUUGGAACAUUUAUUCAAAGUUUAGCCAUGAAUUCGACAUCCUUUGUAGGAGUUAUGCGAUAGGCAAAAGAGUUACGAUUGCUUACGCAGUUUCUCUGUACGGCUCGAUGACUCCCUUUUUGGUUGUGCCGGUGAUAUUAAAUACAGCCAGUUAUAUGGGACUGUACAACAUUUCGGAGGGUAGGCCGCUGAUGUUCCGCACGGAGUAUUUUCUAGACUCCGAGAAGUAUUAUUAUCCGUUGCUGGUGCAUUCGUACAUCGGCACCCUCGGAUUCGUCACGAUCGUCGUGGCGAUCGACUCGAUGUUGGUAUUCCACAUCCAGCACGAGUGUGGGAUGUGCGAAAUCCUAGGAUAUCGGCUAGCGCGGAUUGUCGAUGAAACUACUUUAGAUGUAGAUUUGCAUCUGCCUAAAGAAGAAGAUGUGUCAUACAGACAUAUUAAAAAGUGUGUGAUCAUGCACAACCACAUAAUAGAAUAUGCCAGACGUAUCGAAAUUGCGAAUACGACGUCGUACUUUUUCCAAUUAGGCUUUAAUAUGAUGGGCAUGACUUUUACAAUAUUCCAGGCAGUGGUCAAGUUGUCUGAUCCAAAAGAAGCCUUACGAUUUGCAUCGUUCACGAUAUGCUUGUUUUCUGUUCUUUUUCUCGAGAGCUGGCCAGGUCAGCAAUUAUCAGAUUACACUGAUAAAAUUUUUGCGUAUAUAACGGGCGGAAGAUGGUACGCAUUUUCGCUGAAUGUCAGAAAGGUGAUCAGCAUUAUGCUACUCAGGAGUUACGUGCCGAUUAGAAUAACCGCAGGCAAGCUGUACACUUUAAACUUGGAGAAUUUUUCCUCAGUCGUACGCACGUCAUUCUCUUACUUCACCGUUCUUUGCUCUAUGCAAUGAGCGUUGUGGAAAAAGCAAAUAUCAAUGACAGUACACGCGUAUUAUAUUUUUCGGCAAGUGUGCUAUACAUUCUUCGCACUUACUCGCGCAAAUUUCGGAAAUCUUCUGGAAGAUUUCUAGCAAAACGCGUGUGGUUAAGUGCAUUAGUCGAAACUAUUAUAUCA